AUGCCAGUGUUGGAAACUUUAAGGAGGGUGAAACGUUUAAGGUUGUUUGAACCGUCUGUUAGCGUUGUUGGGUUUUUUCUAGUAUCUGCCUUCGUUAUAUGCAGCUUCUUCUACUUGGAUUAUAAAGAAGUCGCUGGAAGAUUCGGUUUCUCAGGUCAAUCUCAGAGGGUUACUUGGUGGCAACAGAAAAGAGGUUCAGUAGAGGAGCGUGUGCAUCGAGUUGAGUUUCUUGGAGAAAAUGGUGGUGGGUGUGACUUGUUUGAGGGUAACUGGGUUUGGGAUGAAACUUACCCUCUGUAUGAGUCAAAAGAUUGUAGCUUCCUUGAUGAGGGGUUUCAGUGUUCGGAGAAUGGAAGACCUGAUUUGUUUUACACAAAGUGGAGGUGGCAACCCAAAGCUUGCAAUUUGCCCAGAUUCAAUGCAACGAUGAUGUUAGAAAAACUGCGAAACAAGCGCCUAGUGUUUGCUGGGGACUCAAUAGGGAGAAACCAAUGGGAGUCACUAUUAUGCAUGCUCUCUUCUGGAGUUCUUCACAAGGAUUCGAUAUAUGAAGUGAAUGGAAGCCCAAUUACAAAGCAUAAGGGGUUCUUGGUGUUCAGAUUCAAGGAUUAUAACUGUACAGUGGAAUACUACAGAGCUCCAUUUCUUGUAUUGCAAAGCAGGCCUCCUCCUAGAACUAAUGGACAGAUUAGGACAACCCUGAAGUUGGAUCAGAUGGAUUGGUACUCCUUGAAAUGGAGAGAUGCAGAUGUCUUGGUUCUUAACACAGGGCAUUGGUGGAAUUAUGAGAAAACCAUAAGAGGGGGUUGUUAUUUCCAAGAAGGCAUAGAAGUGAAGUUGGAAAUGAAGGUAGAAGAAGCAUAUAAGAGGUCAAUUGAAACAGUAUUGAACUGGAUACAAAAUUCAGUAAAUGCUAAGACUCAAGUUUUCUUUCGUACUUAUGCCCCUGUGCAUUUCAGAGGUGGAGAUUGGAGAAACGGUGGAAGCUGUCAUUUGGAAACACUGCCAGAGCUUGGUUCCUCAUUGGUGCCUGAUGAUAACUGGUCACAAUUCAAAAUAGCCAAUUCUGUGCUAUUAGCACACACAAACACCAGUGAAGUUUUGAAGUUGAAGAUAUUGAAUGUAACCCAGAUGACAGCUCAGAGAAAAGAUGGGCAUUCAUCCAUAUAUUAUCUGGGCCCUAAUGCAGGCCCCACACCUUUCCAUCGCCAAGAUUGCAGCCAUUGGUGUCUCCCUGGUGUACCAGAUACUUGGAAUGAGCUACUCUACGCAUUGUUCCUGAAACACGAACCCUCUCACAGGCAGAACUAG